AUGCUCUACGCAAUUGACUCUGUGCAUGGACAUAAUAGUUUGUAUAAAGCUACCAUUUUUCCACACAAUGUUGGCCUUGGAGCUACCAGAGAUCCAGAGCUAGUUAAGAGGAUUGGAGCUGCAACAGCAGUCGAAACUAGAGCUACCGGCAUUCCCUAUGCAUUUGCGCCCUGCAUUGCGGUUUGUAGAGACCCAAGAUGGGGUAGAUGCUACGAGAGUUACAGUGAAGACCACAAGAUUGCCGAACAAAUGACGGACAUUAUUUACGGUUUACAAGGAGAACCUCCCGUCAAAGGCGUCCCUUAUGUUGGUGGAAAAGACAAAGUGGUGGCAUGUGCAAAACACUUUGUUGGUGAUGGUGGCACCAUUAAUGGGAUUGAUGAGAACAACACAUUCACUGAUUGGAAAGGAUUAACGAGCAUUCACAUGCCGGGAUACUACCACUCUAUCAUCAAGGGUGUCUCCACUAUAAUGGUGUCUUAUUCAAGCUGGAACGGCGUUAAAAUGCAUUCCAACAGAAAUCUCGUCACACAAUUCCUCAAAUCCACCCUUAAAUUUAGAGGAUUCGUCAUUUCGGAUUGGCAGGGCGUGGACAGAAUGACUUAUCCAUGGGGUUCUAACUAUUCAACCUCACUUCUAGCAACAAUUAAUGCUGGUGUAGACAUGGUGAUGGUUCCACCAAAUAUCACAGAAUUUAUCCGGCUCAUGACUUCUCAUGUGAACAACAAAUUGAUACCAAUGAGCCGUAUUGACGAUGCAGUGAGAAGGAUUUUGAGGGUCAAAUUCAGUAUGGGUCUCUUUGAGAAUCCUUUAGCUGAUUAUAGCUUGACAGGUCUUAUAGGGACACAAGCUCACAGAGAAUUGGCAAGAGAGGCUGGCGUCGACAACAACACCCUCAUAAGUGGAACCACUAUAUUGAAUGCCAUCUCAACUACGGUUGACCCAAGUACAGAAAUCGUGUACAGCGCAAAACCGGAUGUUGAAUCAUUGAAUGCGGACGAGUUUUCAUACGCUGUUGUGGUGGUGGGGGAGCACACGUAUGCGGAGCAAUAUGGAGACAACACGAACCUAACUAUUCCAGAACCGGGUCUUACCACAAUGAAUAGCGUAUGCAGCAAAAUGAAGUGUGUUGUGAUUAUAAUUUCGGGACGGCCGCUAGUCAUUGAGCCGUAUCUUCCAAACAUUGAUGCUCUUGUGGCUGCAUGGUUGCCUGGUUCUCAAGGACAAGGUGUAGCUGAUGUGCUAUUUGGGGACUAUGGUUUUACCGGGAAAUUGCCCAGAACAUGGUUCAAGAGAGUCGAUCAACUGCCAAUGAACUUUGGGGAUGCACAUUAUGAUCCCCUUUUCCCCUUUGGAUUUGGACUCACCACAAAGCCUUCUGAAGGAAUGUAA